AUGGUCUUUGAAAGAUGUAGGAAGUACCAACUCAAGAUGAAGCCGCUCAAGUGCGCCUUUGGGGUUACAUCCGGAAAAUUCUUGGGAUUCGUUGUAACCGAUGAAGGGAUUCGGGUGGAUCCAAGUAAGGUCGAGGUGAUCAUGACCAUGACACCACCGACUAAUGCCAAAGAGCUCCAGGCGUUUAUAGUACGGAUAUCGUAUAUACGACGCUUCGUGUCUGGUUUGGCUCAGAUGAUGUCGACGUUCUUGCCCCUACUAAGGAAAGGGUCAGUCUUCGAAUGGGAAGAAAGUCAACAGGUCGCGUUUGAAAAGUUAAAGCAGUGCCUUGUCAGCCCCCAAGUUCUCAAACCACCAAUAAAAGGAGUGCCUCUUUACUUAUACACGACGUUCACAAGCUCAGCCAUAAGGGCAGUCCUGGCACAAGAUAUGGGAGGAAAUGAAUUAUCACCCAUCUACUACGUGAGUCGGGUUUUAAGAGACGCAGAAUCGAGAUACCCACGAGUAGAACAAGCAUGCCUAGCCCUCAUCUACGCAACACAAAAAUUAAGGCCAUACCUCCUGACACAUAAGACGAUCGUUAUGGCCGCGGAAAACCCCAUAGCCUACCUCGCCUCUAAGCCCGUCCUAACUGGGAGAACGGUCCGAUGGAUGUUGCAUCUAUCAGAAUUCGAACUCGAGUAUCAGCGACCUAAAGGAGUACGAGGGCAAGCCAUCACUGAACUAAUGGCUAUGUUUCUUGGAGAAGGAGAUGACGAGAUUCAUGAACGGGUUCCGGGAGAGGUAGCUGCCGCUGAUAUUAACAAGCCUUGGACCAUGUUUUUCGAUGGAUCGUCAUAUGAUACUGUCGGAGGAGCGGGAGUAGUGUUUGAAGCACCACAAGGAGAAUUGCUCUCGUAUUCAUUCAAGUUGGACUUCCCUUAUAGUAAUAAUGUAGCCGAAUAUGAAGCUUUGAUCCUAGGGCUCAGGAUGGCAAAGGAGCUUGGUUUGGGAGGCGUCGAAAUAAAAGGUGACUCGAGGUUGGUAACUAGCCAAGUAAACGGGGAUUUCCACGUCAAUGAGCCACAUUUAGCUCCGUAUCGAGCAGAGGCUCAAAACCUGAUAAGUCAGACAGGGUCGACCCUAGAUCAUACAUGCAGAGGCAAGAACAAACACGCAGAUGCCAUGGCAACACUAGCUAGCAAGAUGAAGUUGAAUGAUAAGGAGGAGGGUACGGUAACGGUUAAGAGGAAGGAGCUUCCCAGCACCUGGAAAGAAGAUAUGGCCUUCGAGGAGGCGGACGAUUGGAGGCAGACUUACAUCGACGAUCUGGCCAAAACGGAGGAGGAUUGUGUAAUACUUACCCGAACUCUGAAACAAUUCGUACUGAUCCAAGGAGCUCUUUACUACCGAGCAACAGGGGGAUCCCUCGCCAGGUGCAUAAAUAAGAGAGAAGCGGAAAAAAAUACUCCAUGA